UCGAUCGAGGAAGGAAGGGUUCAGCCAGCUAGCCUUCUAGCUAGCCAUCCGUCCAGGAAGACGGGUCCAAUUCUAAGCUAGCUAGCUAGCUUGCUACUCAAAUCUUUAUAGUAGGAAAAUGGCGGCGGGUAACGUCAACCCGUUUAAUCUGAGUGAUUCUGAAGAUGAGGCAGAUCAGAGAGCAGAGGACGGUGUUCACAUCGAAAAGAGCUCUAGCGUUGGAACGCAAGGCCCCUCGUCCAACAACCCAUUCUCUCCGCAAGCGGACGCCGAGCCCCCGGCCCUUUUAGUGUCCAGCACCCGGACCAGCCCCAGUGUGGAAGGCAUCUCGGUAUCCGUCGCAGCUGCGGCUAUGACAGUUGCCUUGGCAGAGACCCGGGUAUCGGUAGAUGUGAUCGCUGCUCAGCUAAUACGGGAUCAUUACAUCCUCACGGCCCUUGAGUUUCAUACCGAACUGUUGGAAUCAGGGAGGGAGCUUCCGCGGUUGCGUGAUUAUUUCUCCAACCCGGGCAACUUCGAGAGGCAAACCGGCACUCCGCCCGCUUGUAAAGACCAAGGACUGGGACCAGGGGGACCGCUAAACCGAGCGGGCAGCAUCAGCACAUUGGACUCUCUAGACUUCGCUCGUUACUCUGAUGAUGGGAACCGGGAGUCGGACGAGAGGGUGGCAGUGCUGGAGUUUGAGCUACGGAAAGCCAAGGAGACCAUUCAGGCUCUACGCACCAACUUGACUCAGGCAGCAGAAAGCGACACUCAAGAGAGAAACAAGAACUACAGCUCACAUCCUGAGACUCAGGAACCUAUCCGCCCACUAGAGAAGCGAGCCUUAAAUUUCCUUGUGAAUGAGUAUUUAUUAAAGAAUGAAUACAAACUGUCGGCCAUCACAUUCUCUGAUGAAAAUGAUGACCAGGACUUUGAGUUGUGGGACGACGUGGGCCUGAACAUUCCAAAGCCUCCUGACCUAUUACAGAUCUACAGGAACUGUGGCUCCGCCCUUCCGUCGCCGCGGAAUACCGUGGACGUAGCCGUGGGAGUGGAGUCAGGCGAGCUCACUGGGAACUACAUUACCCAGAAAUCUGAUCUCUUACAGCAGCAGCAGACGGAGGUAGUUGAGGAGUUGGAGUAUCAGAUUAGUCUACUGAACGAGGAGAAACAGAGUCUGGCCGACUAUAUCAAGAAACUACAGAGUGAGAUCCAAAGCCUGAGAAGGACAGUGUCCCCCACUCCUCAUGACCAGGGCUUACAGCCCAACCCCCCCUUCUCCUCCACCCCUCCCCAGCCCCCUCUGGACAACGGUCAGUACCUGGAUAUCAGGGGCGCCUCAGAACCUGAUAACCCCCCCACUGAGAGCAACCCCCCCACUCAGACCAUCAGUAACCCUACACACAUCUCUUCACAACCCCAUGCCAAGCUAAAGAGCAGAGGGACGGUGGUGUUUGACCAGCCCAACAGGAAGUUGUCCCCGGCAUUCCAGCAGGCCCUGCUGUCCUUCUGUAAGAUGUCAGCUGACAGUCGUCUGGGUGCAGAGGUGUCGAGGAUAGCAGACAAUGAGGAGAGUGUGAUGCUGAUGUUGGGUCGCUGUCUCCCUCACAUCGUCCCCAAUGUCCUCCUGGCCAAACGAGAGAGAAUGGUUGCACACCUGUGCCAGGAGUUGAUUCCUCUCAUCCUGUGUACGGCGUGUCUCCACCCGGAGCCUAAAGAGAGAGACCAGCUCCUCCACAUCCUCUUCAACCUCAUCAAGAGACCUGACGACGAACAGAGGCAGAUGAUCCUAACGGGUUGUGUGGCGUUUGCCAGACAUGUUGGUCCUACCAGAGUUGAGGCUGAACUCUUACCACAAUGCUGGGAACAGAUCAACCAUAAGUAUCCAGAGAGGAGGUUGUUGGUAGCAGAAGCCUGUGGAGCCUUAGCACCUUACCUGCCUAAGGAGAUUCGUAGUUCCCUGGUGUUGUCCAUGCUGCAGCAGAUGCUGGCUGAAGACAAGGCAGACAUGGUCAGAGAGGCUGUGGUCAAAAGCCUCGCUAUCAUCAUGGGAUACAUUGACGACCCUGACAAGUACUCCCAGGGUUUCGAGCUGAUGUUGCUGUCCCUUGGUGACCCAUCCGAGAGGGUGGUCAGUGCUAUCCACCAGGUGUUCAUCCCAGCAUUCGCUGCCUGGACCACAGAGCUGGGAAACCUUCAGACCACUCUCAUCCCCUCUCUACUGGCCCGCAUAGAGAAACUACUCAAGCAGGGUGAACAUGGUCUUGAUGAACACAAGCUCCACAUGUUCCUGUCUGCCCUCCAGUCUCUUAUCCCUCCUCUGUUCUCUGUGGUGAUCCAGAACGCUCCCUUCACACACAGAGUUAACCUGCAAGGAGACAUUCCCCCCAUAGAGGGUAGGAAACACACUGAUACGCGGUUCCCUCGUCCGGCGUCUCCUCUGCAGGAAAUAGCGACUAUCCUUGGCAGCCGGGAGACGCUGAGCGCCCUUCUCAUCCUGUAUGAUACCAGCUAGAACAUGAGGGCCACCACAGGCUGGGACAGUCUGCUAUGUGGUCAAACCAACUAUCGUAAGCUGCUUGUUGGUUUUCUAGAGACUCAUGACACCCUGUCUCUCUCACAUGCCCCCCUGGACAGCCUCAAAGCUCCUUUGUAGAGCUGUCGGGCUAACCCAGUGUACCAUGAGUUGUUACUGACAGUGCUAUGGUACGGAGUGGUCCAUACCUCCGCUCUAGUCCGCUGUACCGCCGCACGCAUGUUUGAGCUGCUGGUGAAGGGGGUGAAUGAGACGCUGGUGGCUCAGAGGGUGGUGCCUGCUCUCAUCACGCUCUCCAGCGACCCUGAGAUUUCAGUUAGGAUAUCUACUAUCCCUGCCUUUGGUACCAUCAUGGAGACGGUCACGCAAAAAGAGCUGUUGGAGCGUGUGAAGAUGCAGCUAGCGUCGUUCCUGGAGGACCCACAGUACCAGGACCAACACUCUCUACACAUGGAGAUCAUCAGGACCUUUGGCCGGGUCGGACCCAACGCUGAGCCACGCUUCAGAGACGAGUUUGUGCUGCCUCACCUCCACAAACUAGCGUUGAGUAACAACGUCCAGGCUACAGAGAGUAAGAGGAUAGACAUCGCUACUCAGCUGUUUGAGGCCUACAGCGCUCUCUCCUGUUGCUUCAUCUCAGAGGAGCUGAUGGUGAAUCACUUCCUGCCUGGCCUGAGGUGUCUGAGGACCGACAUGGAACAGCUAUCUCCUGAACACGAGGUGAUCCUGAGCUCCAUGAUCAAGGAGGGGGAGAUAAAGGUAGAAAACAGAGGGAUCGGACAGGCAGAGGGCUCUGUGUCCAUUGCUGCUAGUCUGGUUGGUGAAGACGCUAAAACCAAGUUCCUGAGUAAGAUGGGUCAGCUGACCACAUCCGGUGCCAUGCUGGCCAACGUCUUCCAGAGGAAGAAAUGAUCUAUCCUUCCGCCGGCUGCCUGGGGCCCCAGCGCACUACAUAUCCCAUGAGCCUCCAGUGUCCGGGAGCGCUGGCCCAGCCACCAGUGAUAGGCCAGGUCAGGGUCUCUGUUCGAAUACCUUCUAGAUGCAUCCUUCACUCCUCUGUGACUCGAAAGGGGAGAGCUAUCUGGCUGAGCCCUAGGAAGGGAGGAAGGAGGGGUGCGCUUUGAAGUUUUCGAUCAGGGUCCAGGGUGUAUAUCAAUACUCUGAAGUGACUUCCUCGUCUCAAGGAGAGGAGAUGAGUAGAGGAAGUCAUUAUAGACUAUUGAGAUGCACCUAAUUGGGUUUGAUUUAGAAUUUUAUCUUGCGCCAUGUCGGCACCAAAAGCUUUAUGAAUGUUGCAGUCCAGUCUAUCUAGAAUGUUAGUGGGGUUCUAUGUCAGAAUGUGAUUGUUCCGGAACCUUUUGGUGUCAACAUGGAGAGGACUAGCUUACUAACUGACGUCUGUAUGUUCAUGGCUCUGGGGAAUCGCCUACUUGAAGUCAAAAUCGCCUGCCUUUAUUUCGUCACGUCUCUCUCUUUGUUGUUUUGAUAGUCUCUAUUUUAUAACUUAUUUAUCUCUUAAGACUUUAUUCCUCCAAAGAAAUGUGCACAUCACUUUAUCAUUCUUUUCUCUUUAUUGUGUGUAUUUUGAUUCAGAGUCGUCUUAUUAUAUAUGAUGUACAUGAUCAUCAUCACUACCAUUCAUUGGCUUUGUUUGUUUAUGUUGGAAAUGUGAAGAUGAAGAACACUGAUUCCCUCGCUCCAUGCCUCCCUCCUUCCUUCUUUCCCUGUCUCGUUCUGCCUCUGCGUGUUGCAGUGUCUCGGAUGGUUCUUAUCUAAAGUGGCUGUUCUGAUUUGGGUUUUGUUAUUUUCUCUUUGGGAUAUGCUCUACAAGUAAAUAACUGUAUGAUACACUGAAAUGAAAAGGACUGUACCCAUAUUAUUAUGUACAUUUGAAAUUGGUGUCAUGAAAUAAUAAAAGACGAAAUAAACAA